AUGAAAAGGGAAGGAAACAAUCAUUCACUUAUCUGAAACUUCCUGCUUCAUUUCAGGGACUUUCUGCCACGUGGAUCUGGCAUCGUAACCAGACGCCCGCUGGUCCUGCAGCUGGUAAACGCCAGCACAGAAUAUGGUGAGUUCCUACACUGCAAAGGAAAGAAAUUCACUGAUUUUGAGGAGGUCCGUUUGGAGAUUGAGGCUGAAACAGAUCGUGUUACUGGCUCCAACAAAGGGAUUUCUCCUGUGCCCAUCAAUCUUCGAGUCUACUCUCCCCAUGUCCUGAACCUGACCUUGGUGGAUCUACCGGGUAUGACAAAAGUCCCAGUGGGGGACCAGCCCCCUGACAUCGAGUUUCAGAUCCGAGAUAUGCUUAUGCAGUUUGUCACCAAAGAGAAUUGUCUCAUCCUGGCAGUAUCCCCAGCCAACUCUGAUUUGGCCAAUUCUGAUGCCCUGAAGGUUGCAAAGGAGGUGGAUCCUCAAGGGCAACGCACUAUUGGAGUUAUCACUAAGCUGGAUCUUAUGGAUGAAGGAACUGAUGCACGAGAUGUAUUAGAAAAUAAAUUACUUCCUCUUCGUAGAGGUUACAUUGGUGUAGUCAACAGAAGUCAGAAGGACAUUGAUGGCAAGAAGGACAUUCAGGCAGCUCUGGCUGCAGAGAGAAAAUUUUUUCUCUCCCACCCGGCCUACAGACACAUGGCUGAUCGCAUGGGAACCCCGUACCUGCAGAAAGUAUUGAACCAGCAAUUGACCAACCACAUCCGUGACACCCUGCCAGGGCUGCGGAACAAGCUCCAAAGCCAGCUUCUCUCCAUUGAGAAGGAGGUGGAGGAGUACAAGAACUUUCGCCCUGAUGACCCUGCUCGCAAGACCAAAGCUCUGCUUCAGAUGGUCCAGCAGUUUGCCGUGGACUUUGAGAAACGCAUUGAAGGCUCUGGAGACCAAAUUGAUACCUAUGAGCUGUCAGGAGGAGCUAGGAUUAACCGCAUCUUCCAUGAGCGUUUCCCCUUUGAACUGGUGAAGAUGGAGUUUGAUGAGAAGGAGCUGCGGCGGGAGAUUAGCUAUGCCAUCAAGAACAUCCAUGGUAUCAGAACCGGUCUCUUCACACCUGACAUGGCCUUUGAGACCAUUGUGAAAAAGCAGGUGAAGAAGAUUAAAGAACCUUGCCUGAAAUGCGUGGACAUGGUCAUUUCGGAGUUAAUCAAUACCGUUAGACAGUGCACCAAGAAGCUUAGCCAGUACCCUCAUCUGCGUGAGGAGAUGGAGAGGAUUGUUACUACUCACAUCCGUGAAAGAGAAGGCAGGACCAAAGAUCAGGUCAUGCUUCUAAUAGACAUCGAGCUGGCUUACAUGAACACAAACCAUGAGGAUUUCAUUGGCUUUGCCAAUGCUCAGCAGAGGAGCAGCCAGAUGAGCAAGAAGAAGGCAGCUGGCAACCAGGAUGAGAUCCUGGUCAUCCGAAAGGGCUGGCUCACCAUCAAUAACAUUGGGAUCAUGAAGGGUGGCUCCAAGGAGUAUUGGUUUGUCCUGACAGCGGAGAACCUCUCCUGGUACAAGGAUGAUGAGGAGAAGGAGAAGAAGUAUAUGUUACCAGUGGAUAACCUGAAACUGCGAGAUGUUGAGAAGGGGUUCAUGUCCAGCAAGCACAUCUUUGCUCUCUUCAACACUGAACAGAGGAAUGUUUACAAGGACUACCGGCAGCUGGAGCUGGCCUGUGAGACCCAGGAGGAGGUGGAUAGCUGGAAGGCUUCCUUCCUUCGUGCAGGAGUCUACCCAGAGCGUGUUGGGGACAAGGACAAAGCCAGUGAAGCGGAGGAGAAUGGAUCAGACAGUUUCAUGCACUCCAUGGACCCUCAGCUGGAGAGACAAGUGGAAACGAUCAGGAACCUGGUGGAUUCCUACAUGGCAAUUGUCAACAAAACCAUCAGAGACCUCAUGCCGAAGACAAUCAUGCACCUCAUGAUAAACAAUACCAAGGACUUUAUCCAUUCGGAGUUGCUGGCAAAUCUAUACUCCUGUGGUGACCAGAAUACGCUGAUGGAGGAAUCGGCAGAGCAGGCCCAGCGACGUGACGAAAUGCUGCGCAUGUACCAUGCCCUGAAAGAGGCCCUCAACAUCAUCGGGGACAUCAACACCAGCACUAUCAGCACCCCUAUGCCCCCACCGGUGGACGACUCUUGGCUGCAGGUGCAGAGCGUACCAUCUGGACGCAGGUCUCCUACAUCCAGCCCCACGCCACAGAGGAGAGCUCCCGCUGUUCCACCCACCAGACCUGGGUCUCGAGGCCCAGCUCCUGGACCACCUCCUGCUGGUGGGUCCACGCUGGGUGGUGCCCCCCCUGUGCCCUCCAGGCCAGGUGCCUCUCCUGAUCCCUUUGGGCCCCCACCUCAGGUUCCUUCUCGGCCUAAUCGUGCUCCUCCUGGUGUUCCCAGAAUCACUAUCAGUGACCCCUGAGGACUGGCAGCCACGCAGAAGGGGCCCUGCCUCACCUACUCGACCUACCAUAAUCCGACCGGCUGAACCGUCCCUCUUAGAUUUAUAACUUGAGGCUGUAGACAGCUGGCGACGAAUGCCGUGCUGGCGGCUUCCCCAUUCCACCCUCCCUUCCACAGCCACAGUCACUCCUUUCAUCCAUCCCACAUCUCUGCCUCCCACCACCCCUUCCUGGUGUGUCGUAAAACACUAGCCUAGUGAUCGAGCUCUUCGUCUUCACUCGUACGUCCUGUAUUGCUUUGUGAGCGUAGAGUAGCCUUCAUUCAGUGGCAUGGAUCCCUGAAGUACACAGGCUCCUUGGAAAGAUCAGCCGCAGGGACGUCCUUAAGUCCAAGUGGUGGCUGUCCGUCCAGUAAUUUCAUCUGCCUGGUCUAGCCUGGAUAAGUGUCCUGCCUGCAUCAGUUAGCUGUAGCACCUAGGACUGAUCUGUAGCUAUUUUCUUUUUUUGUAGUUAAGACGACAAAAGUGUGACUUAGAAGAAAAACACUGUCAAAACAUGUGACACCAUUAGGAACAGAUUAAAUGUCCUGUGUAUUAGUUUGACUUCUAAGGUGCAAAAAUUCAUGUUGGGAACAGUGCAAUCAACCUUAUAUCUAAGUGAGGCAGGGAGAUCAAGAAAGGGGGGAACUCAAUGGAUCGGCAUAGUCCUGCUAGAGUGAAGUCUGAGAUAGCGUGCACACACCUCAGCGUGCAGGGAGCACAUGGACCUGCUCGCACUCAGCUCCCCAAAAGAGCUGGGGAAAUCCUGCUGGUGACGCACUGGCUCCUGCCAGCAGUUGUCUUGCAUCAUCAUUUUUGGCUGACUUUCCUGAAACCAGCAGGGAGAGGGGAAUAGAUAUGCUGCUCCCCCCUUGCAAAUGGACAACCAAACGUUUUCAGGGAGCUUGCUGUGUAAUGUUUUGUUGAAAAUAUUUCUGCUUUGAAUAAGCACAUCUUUCAGUGUUUUUUGGGUACUGUGGUGACUUCUUCCGUAGCCUUUUCUUCUUGCAUGUGGAUGGUACGUGUUUGGGGAAACUUGUAACCGUUGUUGAUCGCAACUCAUCUUCUUAAGGUUUGGUUUUUACUUUUCAUGCUACAUGUAUUAAAA